UCAUACUAAUAAGUUGACUGACCGAUACUAAUCUUCUUUGUAUUUGAAGAAUCAAUUUCAUACAGUAUUCAUCUAUCCACGUCGCAAACUAUCAUUUUUACUACUACAGCCUAUUCCCUAAUCAACAUUGACGAUGCAGUGGUACCUGCUUUCCUUAUGCCUCGUGUUUGUCCUGCCACCAGCGUAUUCUAAUUCUCUCAGCGGUACGGUGGAAUUAAACGAUUAUACCUUUGACAAGAUCCUCAAAAAGUUCGAUGCUACGCUGGUGAAGUUUGAUGUGGCGUUCCCCUAUGGCGACAAGCACGACGGUUACACCGCACUGGCAAAGGACGCGAAGGAAGAGGAAGAUUUGCUGAUCGCCGAAGUGGGAGUGAAGGAUUACGGAGACAAGGAUAACGAAGCGUUGGCGAAGAAGUACGGCGCUACGAAGGAAAAUUUCCCCGUAGUGAAGCUGUUUUUAAAGGGGAAGAAGGAGCCGAUCACUUUCAACCCGGAAAAAGAGUUCACCAGCGAUGAGCUUCGUCGUUUCGUGCGGGAACACACCGGGGUGCACCUGAGCCUGCCCGGCUGCGUGCGGAGCCUCGAUAAGCUGGCCGUCAAGUUCAUGAAGGCCGACAAGGAAGACAGGAAGAAAAUUCUCAAAGAUGGUGAAGAUACCUUCAAAAAAUUGCCUAGCAAACAAGCUAACUCCGGAAAGAUCUACAAGACAAUCAUGGAGAAGAUCAUUGAGAAAGGUGACGGGUUUGUCAAGACCGAACACGAAAGAAUCACCAAGCUGCUCACCGGCAAACUCUCGGAAGAGAAAAAGAAGGAGAUGGGACAAAGAAUCAACAUCCUGCAGACUUUCCAGUUGCACGAGACCAAAGCCGAUAAGGAAGAGCUGUGAUUUUAAUAAUUUUUAACUUGCCUACACCUAAAUUCCU